AUGUCGGCGACCACGCCAGACCUGGGAAAGCCACAAUUCUCGUCGCACGCAUGGCUGGAACCACUGGUGGUUGUGAGCAUCAUGCUCGGCUCGCUGGUGCUCAAUCGGCGCAAAGACUACAGCAUCUUCGGCAAGAGGCAGGACAAUGACCGAACCGCCCGCGGCUACUAUGAUUCUGGAGAUGAGAGCCGUGGACAGUCCCCCAACCCACUCAAAGCAGAGCGUGUCUGUGGCAUUUCCGUCAUCACCCCAGACUCGUCACGCUGGGCCAACCACUUGCACAGUCGCAUCUUGUACAAAUUCCCUUUCUUGGUGGAGAUGUUCUAUUGGUCGGUCAACUAUCUCUUCUACUCCGUGACCAAGGCGACGUCCCAGUGGCUGGUGCCCGCUCAGGUGGGUGUGGUCGAAGUCGCCCAGCGACAUGGCGAGGAUAUUCUCUGGUUCGAGCAUGAGUCGAUCUUCUCAUGGAUGUUCCCGAUUCUGGAGUCGGACUUCCAGGGCUAUUUUCUGACUAGCCACCCGGGCAUUCUGACCUUUUUCAACCGCAUCUAUUCCCUGGUCCAUAUCCCGGGAACUGUGCUCUUCCUUUCCUGGUACUACCACGAAGCCCCGAAUGCCAACACCUUCGCUUUGGUCCGCCGCACCAUGACCUUGGGCAACUUCUUCGCCUUCGCUACCUUCUGCGUCUACCCGUGCAUGCCACCCCGCCUUCUCCCCGAGGUCUAUAACUUCUUCGAUACCGUUCGCCAAGAGCACGCCGAGAGCGUCUGGGUCGACAGCAAGUCUGUGAAUCAGUUUGCGGCGAUGCCCAGCUUGCACUUCACCUACGCCUUCGUCAUCAGCAGCACCUUCCUUUACCACUCCGAAAUUUUCCGCCGAUUCCGUGGAAAGCCCGUCCGCAAGUCGACCCUGACCCAGGUCAUCUAUACCGUGCUCGCCUUCGCCUAUUCGCUGCUGGUUCUCAGCGUUAUUGUCGCGACGGCAAACCACUAUUGGCUGGAUGCGGUCAUGGCUAUGAUCUCGGUGACGGUGUGCUUCACGAUCAACCGCGUCUUCCUGCUGCUGUUGCCGGUGGAGUACUGUCUCUGCUGGCUGCUGCGGUUGGCAAAGCCGCUUCCCCACGUUGGAGGGAACAAAUCAAACGAGCGCAGCGGCACCGAGUCACCCAGAUACCGGUCUGUGCCAGGCUACGAUGUCGUGUGA